GGCGCCGACGGAGGCAAAGCGAAACAGAUUUAGGUUCAGCUCACCAGUGGGGCGUCCUCGGAGACAGAGCGUAGCGACGUAAAGCCUUUGCACUCUUGGUUGCAGCCGGCACCUCGGCUCUCACCAGCGGGGUGGGAAAAAGACGGCCUCCGAAUGCGACCGAGUGCCGGAGAAUAACAGUUUAGAGGGUCAAGAUGUCCAAUCUAAGGAUAUUUGCAGUGAAUCGGAAGAAAAUAUCCAGCUUGCACUACUUUAAUAAUAUGUGUUCCUCUAAAAUAAGAGCAAGUCUAAAAAGAUUAAAGCUACAUGUGCUUCUUGGAAGACAUUACAGUUCCCUACCAGGUUUAAUAGGAAAUGAUAUCAAGUCCCUUCAUUCCAUCAUCAGUCCUCCUAUUGCUAAAAUUCGUAACAUUGGAAUUAUGGCUCAUAUUGAUGCAGGAAAAACUACCACCACAGAAAGAAUUUUAUAUUAUUCUGGAUACACAAGAUCACUGGGAGAUGUUGAUGAUGGAGACACGGUGACAGAUUUCAUGGCUCAAGAGCGAGAACGCGGCAUAACUAUUCAGUCAGCCGCUGUCACAUUUGAUUGGAAGGGGCAUAGAGUCAAUCUUAUUGAUACACCAGGUCAUGUGGAUUUUACCUUGGAGGUUGAGCGCUGCCUGAGAGUAUUAGAUGGUGCAGUGGCCGUGUUUGAUGCCUCUGCCGGUGUAGAGGUAAAAAAUAUUGUCAAAGUAAAGGCACAAACUCUUACAGUAUGGAGGCAAGCUGAUAAGCACAAGGUACCUCGAAUCUGUUUUUUAAACAAGAUGGACAAAACUGGAGCAAGUUUUAACUAUGCAGUUGAAAGCAUCAGAGAGAAGUUGAAGGCAAAACCUUUGCUUUUACAGUUACCAGUUGGUGAAGGCAAAGCUUUCAAAGGAGUGGUGGAUGUAGUAGGUAAAGAAAAACUUCUUUGGAAUCCCAAUUCAAAUGAUGGAAAAGACUUUGAGAGAAAACCCCUCUUGGAAACAAGUGAUCCUAAAUUGUUGAAUGAAACAACGGAAGCAAGGAAUGCCUUAAUUGAACAAGUUGCAGAUUUGGAUGAUGAAUUUGCUGACUUGGUUUUAGGAGAAUUUAGUGAGAAUUUUGAUUUGCUACCAGCUGAAAAGCUACAAACCGCAAUACGCAGAGUGACACUGGCUCAGACCGCAGUGCCGGUGCUCUGUGGGAGUGCCCUGAAAAACAAAGGGGUCCAGCCCUUAUUAGAUGCUGUUACUCUGUACUUGCCUUCACCUGAAGAACGCAGCUGUGAAUUUCUGCAGUGGUAUAAGGGUGACUUAUGUGCCCUGGCAUUUAAAGUCCUCCAUGACAAGCAGCGAGGCCCCCUGGUUUUUAUGCGCAUAUACUCGGGCAUGUUAAAACCCCAAACGGCCAUCCAUAAUAUUAAUGGAAACUGCACGGAGAGGAUAAGUCGUCUGCUUUUGCCAUUUGCUGACCAACACAUAGAAAUCCCUUUACUGACUGCUGGUAACAUUGCUUUGACUGUUGGGCUUAAACAUACUGCUACCGGAGACACCAUUGUCUCAUCAAAGUCCAGUGCAUUAGCUGCAUCUCGUCGAGCCAAAAGGGAGGGAGAAAAGAAGCAGAAAGAAAACGGUGAAGCAGAGAGACUUUUAUUGGCUGGCGUGGAGAUUCCAGAACCUGUUUUCUUCUGUACCAUAGAACCUCCAUCAAUGGCUAAGCAGCCAGAUUUGGAUCAUGCAUUGAAAUGCCUUCAGCGUGAAGAUCCCAGUUUGAAAGUGAAGCUAGAUCCUGAUUCUGGACAAACUAUCCUUUGUGGCAUGGGGGAGUUACAUAUUGAAAUUAUUCAUGACCGAAUCAAGAGGGAAUACGGACUAGAAACCUAUCUCGGGCCCCUGCAGGUGGCAUACCGAGAGGCCAUCCUGAAUUCAGUUCAUGCCACAGAUACCUUAGAUAGAACUUUAGGAGACAAACGGCAUCUUGUGACUGUAGAACUGGAAGCAAAACCCAUGGAAACGUCAUCUCUUCUGCCCAUUAUCGAGUAUGCAGCAAGCGUUGCCGGAGACCUCUCGCAAGCCUCCAGGGAGGCCUUUGAAAAUGGCGUUCACAGUGCAUGCCUCCAAGGACCAUUGCUUGGAUCCCCAGUUCAAGACCUAGCAGUUACUUUACAUUCUUUGGUAAUUCAUCCCGGUACCUCCACAACUAUGAUUUCUGCCUGUGUCUCAAGAUGCCUACAAAAGGCUCUGAAGAAAGCUGAAAAGCAAAUUCUGGAGCCCCUGAUGAAUCUUGAGGUGACGGUGACAAGAGAUUACCUCAGCCCUGUCCUAGCAGACCUGGCACAGAGAAGAGGGAACAUUCAGGAAAUCCAGUCUCGCCAAGACAGCAACGUUGUUACUGGGUUUGUUCCCUUAGCAGAAAUCAUGGGUUAUUCAACUGUGCUUCGAACGUUAACAUCAGGCUCAGCUACUUUUUCCUUAGAGCUGUCUAAUUAUCAAGCCAUGAAUCCUCAAGACCAAAGUACGCUGCUCAGCCAGAGAAGUGGCUUGUCCUAAGUCCUUGGAGAGAAACUCAGGAGCACCUACCUACUUCGUUUUCAGUAAGAACACUUUAAGGGAGAACUUGAACAGACAGUGGCACUGGUGCUGGUCAUUCUACUUUAUAGCAUGAGAAACGUGCUGUGAUGUUGAAGGUUAAUGUACCUGAACUGUAUUGUGUAUCUAGGAAAUUAUUACUGUUGGCAGUUAAGAUUCAGUCUUUUGGAAUACACUGAGUGAUAGAUAUCACAAGGUUUUCGGUUGGCUGAUUUUACACUUCUGUCACAAGAAAGAUGUCAGUAUAAUAAGAUGGAGGUUCAAUCAAUAAAAAGAUGUUUAUUCAAAAACAUGA